AUGGUGUCGUAUCCAAACCAGACGAGUUCCGGAAAAGAGGUGAAUGAGAGCAAUGCCAAAAGGAGAAUUGAAAAGCAACAAUUCAAAUUGAAAUGGAAACAGAACAAUGAAUGUUACAGAGAGGAAACCAAGGUUCAAGCUGCUGACACUUCACGAAAUUUUAUAAAACUGGAAAUUUCUAUUAAAACCUUUUGCAAGGCUUAA